AUGAACAUCUCCUCCCACCACACGUGCAUCUUCUACGACCUCACCCACUGCUGCUUCAGGCUGGAGGUCCUCAGAAAGCACGGUUGCCUCCUGGAGGGGGUUCUCCACCUCCCCAAAAACCGUCCAGUCAAGCUCAAUUCGCAGGAUCUGCUUCAAAUUAGGGAUAAAGAGUUUUACUUUUUGUUGCCUUGUGAGGAGUACUCUGGGUGGCCUAUUGAGCCGAGGCAUUAUGCAGUGGCGAUCAGGGGCGGUGGUGGUAGUGGGAAGAAGAUGAGGGAAGGGUAUGAGGGUUAUGGGUACAGUGGUGGGCUAGGUUCUGGAUCGGGCACCAAGUCGGGUUCUUUGGCUUUAGGAGUCGCGGGAGUGGCAGCCGACAAAAGAUUGGGAGUGGAGAGGGGAGUCGACGGGGCUGAGGAUGGGGGUGGACUGAAAAGUUGUAGUGGUCUUCUCGUCAUUGUGGGAGUCGCGGGAGGGGCUUUGGACGUAGUAGACUGGGCGAUAGGGGAAUCGGGUCGGGGACAAUGGUCUACACUAAUGGCGGAGUAUGCCUACACCAACUGA